GGCACAGGUUUUUAGAUGACUUAGAAGCAGUGGAUUAUAUCUCGUAAAAACACACGCCAUAUUGGAUUUCCCUAACAGAUUGGGAUGUCUGGACGAAAUACGCCUUCCCACAGCAGCUAUCGCGGGUAGUUAUGCCGUAAGUGUUGGUGGCUCAUUAAAAUACUGAAAUUUACUAAUUACUCCUCGCAUAACAGUGCCCAAUAAGUAUCCUACAUGAUUGCCAAUUUGAGUAGGAUAUUUGGAACUCAAUGUUUAUGGUUUUUGGCAGUUCUGACAAACAGAAAAAAUCUUUGUGAGAGUUAAAAGUGAUAAGGCCUCAAUGAGAGGCCUGAAGAGUUGUUCUGUGAGUAGAACAUGGACAUGACAAGGACCCGACUAGCUGGACAAAUGUAAUGAUUACCUGUUACAUAUGCCAGGCCUGACAGGGUAUCAGUUGAGAAGGGCCAAAAGAGUGGGUGAAGGGGCUUGGAGAACCAAGAAGAGGUAUCGUAAAGAAGGAAACAUCACGUGUGGCAGGUUGUACCUUGCCAGCUGUGCAAUGGCCGCUGGCACUGGAGUGACCCGUCUCUCGCGUAUUAUGAUGUGGUUACUUACCCUGGCUGGUGUCCCUGUCAUCUCACCACUAAUAGCAGAGGGAGUAAUACGACCAGAAGAUGUUCCCGUACAGACUACCCACUGUCUACAUUACAACCAUACCUUGUGUGACAAGGAUGGUGUUCAAGGUUGCUCAGGGAUAGAAACCUGCCCAAAAUGGCAAGAGCCUGAUAAGAAAAAUCAUUGUUUUGUCCUGUGGACAAACAGCUCAGAGGGAAUGGUGGAGAUUACAUUCAAAGGCUGUUGGUCAAAUGAUCAGAGCUGCAUGGAUGAGUGUGUCAGCAAACAGGCUGUUAGCAGCUUAAAAGGAGAGAAGAACCACAUAUUUUGCUGUUGUAAUGGUAAUAAGUGUAAUCGGAACUUUUCUUGGGAACCUGCAGAGGAUGUCUCCACCACAAAACCUCCCGCAGUUGAAGUGGAUAAUAAAGAUGCAAUGGUUCAGACGGUGCUGUGGACGCUGGGCACACUCAUCACUCUUGUCGUCAUUGUUGCGUUUCUUUUCUACCUCUACCGGCGACGGAAGAUGGCCAACUUUUUGGAAAUUCCAACUGUUGAGUCAACUGCACUAGCUCCCCCUUCCCCACCCAUGGGUCUGAGACCUAUACAGCUGCGGGAGAUCAAAGCACGUGGGAGAUUUGGCGCAGUGUGGAAGGCACAACUUCAUUCAGAUAUUGUUGCUGUGAAAAUCUUUCCAGUACAGGAUAAACAGUCAUGGCAGGUUGAGAAAGAAGUGUAUUCACUCCCCCAAAUGUCCCAUGAAAACAUUUUGCAAUUCAUUGGAGCUGAAAAGCGGGGGGACAACCUUCAGGCAGAGUAUUGGUUGAUCACAGCGUACCAUGAUCGAGGCUCUCUGUGUGACUAUCUAAAGGCAAACUUGGUAACCUGGGCUGAACUCUGCAAAAUUGGAGAGUCUAUGGCAAGGGGCCUCAUGUAUGUACAUGAAGAGCAGCAAGCCACGAAGUGUGAAGCGCUGAAACCUUCUAUUGCCCAUCGAGACUUCAAGAGUAAAAAUGUACUUCUGAAGAAUGACCUCUCAGCUUGCAUUGCUGACUUUGGCCUGGCGCUGGUCUUCCACCCUGGACAGCCAACUGGGGAUACUCAUGGACAAGUUGGAACAAGAAGGUACAUGGCGCCAGAGGUACUGGAAGGAGCAAUAAACUUCCAGCGUGAUGCCUUUUUACGUAUCGACAUGUAUGCUUGCGGUUUAGUGCUUUGGGAGAUUCUCUCAAGGUGCUCAAACCAAGAGGGUCCUGUGCCAGAGUACCAUCUGCCAUUUGAAGAAGAGGUUGGGCAGCACCCCACCUUAGAUGACAUGCAGGAGUGUGUUGUUGCUCAGAAAGCACGUCCUGCAAUUCGUGACUGUUGGCGAAAGAAUCCGGGCAUGAUGGCCUUAGUUGAUACCAUGGAGGAGUGCUGGGAUCAUGAUGCAGAGGCUCGUCUCUCGGCUUCUUGUGUUGUAGAGAGACUUGCUGUGUAUACCCGAAACCAGCACUUUUCCCCUACCUCAAAUCCACACAAGGAGUCAAGCAUAUAAGGCCAUUAUGUGGUGGCCACGUACCUGGACAAGUACCUGUGCUGUAACCGCCUAUUCUGGGUCCUGGUGCGGGACAGACCCCAGCCACCGCGUCCCACAGGCACCAGCUGUGUUGGGGGCCGAGUGUAUCAUGUAACUGCCUCAGUCCCCCCUCUCCCCCUUUUCCCAACUUUUAAUCUGUACACCACAGCCAUUAACUACAGUUGCAGCUUCUCUUGACUAAGCAAAGUCUAGCCAGUCUAAGAAGAUUGGUCUUUGGGGACUAUUCCUAGAGAAUGUACUCAUCCUUUGUGGGUACAUCAAGCUUGGUACUGGCGGGUGAGAGGCUGUGUGAGUCAGAUAUGUCUUCCUGUAACUGAUUAGUGCAAUAGUUUGAUAUCCUUGGCGGUGCUUCAGAUGCAUUUCCCCCCCUUCCCGUAUGAAAGAACUGACAUAAAAUAAAAAUGAAUUUUUCAAAGUCCAGUGUGUCCAACCAUCUCUUUUGUUUGGCUGGUUUGGUGUUGGGUGAGGGGGGAGACUGAGUGUGGUGCCAAAGGGGUCAACAGGGAAGUGCUCGGACUGCUAAGAAAGGCCACCUGAAAGGAAGGUAACUCAUGAGAACUUUCUCCCUGGCUGUUACAAUAUUCUCUGGGGCACUCGUCAUCAUCAUCAUCAAACAUCCUCGUGACUCGAAGCAUUUUAUUGUCUUAAUGUUAUAUUAUUCCAAACCAAGAGUUACAUGCAAGCAUCUACAUGUGAAAAAGAAGAAAAAGAAGAAUAGGCAUCUACAAGAUGGUAAUGGCAAGAUUUGGAGUUAGGUUUACUGAAAAAUUACUUUAAGUUAUGUAGAAAUGAAACUUAAAAAAGGAAAAAGAUUAAAAAGAAAAUAUUGCUCUAUUGAACAAUAGGAGACAGAGUAUGGAGCUGAAUAGCAGCUAACUUCUCAGGAAAAUGGAUGGAAUUCCAGUGUGUGUCGAAUGACCUUUUAGAAAAUGUUAUUGCUGUUUGCAUUCAACUUGCUGAAUUGAAGGAAACAAAAUAUUCUUAAUGGAUUGGCAGUAGCUGCCCACCUUGGGAAUGUUUGACCUCAGGAAUGCCCUUCCAAGAGUCCCUACUGCCAGAGUUAGUUCCUUGAGUUGAGUACCGACAAGGUGGGGUUUAUUGUACUAUGUAAGUACUUCUUGGGAAUGCUCCCAGUUUUAUGGUUCUGCAUUUUCUUAAUCUGAAUGUGUCUAGUUCUGUGCAUUGAAACUGUGGAGUGGAUGCUGUGUUAUGAUAGUAAUAUUUACAGUUUGUUGGCAUAUGUUCUUUAAAAAACAAAAAAAAUAAAAAAUAAAAAAAAAAUCAUAAAAAUCAUAAAAAAAUAAGACUUGGUUUUUAGAGCUAAGAUCAGCAUACUUUGCAUCCAGCCAUUCAAUUUUGCAGCUCAUAGUGCAGCUUCAAGCUCAACUCAGUAACUCAGGCAUAAAAAUUAUGGUUGUGCCCUCCUGGCAAGUGUUUGAGUGUGUGGAAAAAGGGUUUGGGUUUGUCAGUCAACCAAUAAGGACACAUUUUGGGCAUCCAUUUUUGGAAAUGCAAAAACAAGAUAAGUAAAAGUUAUAUUGGCCUAAGAGCCUAUGAAUAAUGCCAUUCAAACAAAGAGAAAAUGAUUGAAAAAAUGAAAAGAUGCUAAAAAGUAUUUGUGAUUCGUGAAAGCAUGUAAGAAAUAGUUUCAGAAUCAUUUGAGGAAAGAUGAGGGAAUAGAAUUCAAGAAUGUGUCCAGUAUUUUUUAGAGGGUAGGCUUUGGAAAUAUCAAGUGAUAACCUUCUAAGCUGGUACAAAAGUCUGACGACCCUGCCCAGUAAAAUCAGUUCUCUAAGGCCAGCAGAGGGCCACGAUUGGGCUGCCUCUUUACCGUCAGCUCAGGAUACCCUUCAGUGACCACCCUGUUACCACUUUGCCCCCACACACAUACAUACCCUCAUACUGUAAAUAUUUGCGCCUUGUUUGUAGCAUUACAGAAGUUGUCGCCAGCAAAACGGAACUAGUGAUUAUUUUAAUGUGGUUUAUUUGUGAAACCAAUGGUGCUUUUUUUCUUCUAUCUCCAAGAUGAAUGUUAACUGUUGUAUAAUGAAGAAGCCAACUUGAGUGAGGACACUGGCACAUUGCCCACUCAGCAUUGUAAAUACCUCAUGCCUGUACACAGCCUCAUGACCUUUGGCCUCCAGACCUCACCAUGACAGAUCAUGAGUGCUUUUGUUCUAAUUGCUGUUGCCUCUUGCUUGAGGAUGAGAAGCAGUUUUAUCACCAGUUGCCUGGAAACUAAGAAGCUGGGAAAAUGUUUACAAUUGGACUGAAGGAAGAAGGAAUUUUAGAAUAUGAAAAAUAUUGAAGAGGGAGCUAUGAUUAGAAUCAACUUGGGUUUUAAGUUUCUAGUUGAGGAUUGCAAAAAGUGACCGUUUUCAGAAAUUUUCUAUUUAAAAAAUUAUAAGAAAAUAUGUUUGUAAGUUUGAUUGGAAAGAAAAUACACAUGUUGAUAUUGGCUGUGUUAACCGAGGCUGUAAUUCUAAUAAUAUUGCUGUCUAGCCUGAGGCUAUGGUGUAAUAAGAACACAGAGCUAAAGAAAAUGGUUGUGAGGACUGGAGCCGUCAUGUGAUAGACUGGAUACGUAUGGGGACUCGUGGGCACCUGGCUUGUGUCCGAGGAAACCCACUUAAAUUUGUCAUCAAGACGAAGAAUAAUUGUGUAUGGGGAAUAUUGCUUUCAUAUUCUCUCUCUCUCUCUCUCUCUCUCUCUCUCUCUCUCUCUCUCUCUCUCUCUCUCUCUCUCUCUCUCUCUCUCUCUCUAUCUCUCUCUCUCUCUCUCUCUCUCCCUCUCUCCCUCUCUCCCUCUCUCCCCCCUCUCCCUCCCUCCCUCCCUCCCUCCCUCCCUCCUUCCCUCCUUCCCUUUUUGCCUCCCUUUUCCCCUCUCUCCCUCCUGCCCCCCUCCCCUUAUCCUUCUAUCCUCUUAUCCCUCCCUCUUUACCUACCCUUCCUUCUUUUCCUUCUCCUUUCCCCCUUCUACCUUCCCCCUUUCAUCCCCUCUUCCCUUUUCUUGUCUUUUCUUUCUCCAUUCUUCUCUCAAAAAAGUUUUGUUUAACAAAAGUUAGGGAAACCCCCAUGCUUUGUCGUUCCUUGCAGGCACUAGCAUGCCUCUUGUAUGUAUCCAUGUAGUAGCAUAAAAUUCAUUACUAUAAAGUUAUUCCCUAUAAUAUAUUUGAGGUGAAAUGCUGGACCAGGUCUAUGAGGUGAGCUUAGUACAGUUGAACUCGGAUUAUUAAUAAAAAGUGUGGAUCACUGUUGAUUACAGGGAAAGGAAAAUUACUCACGAAUAGAGCCUCACUAACAGAUCCUGAUAGGACAAUUGAUCAAAAUUUUACUUAAGCUGUAGUUCCUUUUACUGAAUAACAGCAGAAACUUUGGUAAGCGUCCAGUUUCAUCCAACCAUCUUACACCCCCAUAGAGUUUCAGCAAAUCCAAUUUUAAGUUAUUUUAGUGUUUUUGUUCUGUUUUCCUGUAUGUAAAUCAUGCUAAUAACUCCCCAAAUUACAGUGAAGCUGACUCUUACACAUUUUAUUAACUUUGCUGUCAGGGAAUACAAGUUCUGUCAACGAAUCAAAUGCAAUGGAAAACGGCAGCAUAACAGUGUUAAACUACAAAGGAAGAUUCAUUUCCCAAAAGUUGGAGGCUGGAUGAAACUGGAAAUUUACCAAAAUUUUAUAUUGCAUUUGGCUGGAGCCCUUAAACCAUGUUAGCUAAUGAGUGUGGUUUGGAAUAUAGAGCAAGGUAGACAAUGCAAAGUAGUUAUUGAUUGUAGUAUUACUAAUAGAAAGCAGGUAUAAUCGCAGUAUGUGCUUUUUUCUUGGGCAGAUGUAACUUUUCCUGAGUGGAAAGGGGUUAGUGGAUUUGAAGUGUUCUACUGUAGAGUAAUUUUCCUUUGCCAAUAGUAACCAUGAAAUACUCAGAAAUACUCACAUGAUCAACAGCACGAGGUAAAGCACAUGAGUUAAUCAAGCAAAGGCAAUAUUCAAAUUAUUCAUUCAUUCAGUGACAGUUUUAGAUAGAGUAUUGAUUGUUAAAAAUUCAUAAAUAUAUUGUCUACUGCCAAAGUGAUUUUGGUAAGAAUGAGUGUAUUAUGAUAUAAGGACGAGGUAUUAUAUGAUAUGGUUUACAUCUUUUCAUAGUUGUAUAUGUGAUGCAGUUGUCUUGUAGAUGAUCUUCAGAUACCCUCAGGUGGACUAGGGACUUACAAUUUUUCCUUUUAUAAGGCAAUGACUCAGUCUUUUUAGUUUUUACUUUUUUAAUGCAGUGAUGAAAUUUGUUUGUUGCUUUUGCAUGGCUAACACUGUUUGAAAAAUAUUAUGUGUAUAUCAGUAUAUUAAGAAUACACAUAUUCAUUCACACUCAUACUCUCACUCUUACUCACACUUGGUCUACCACAUCCCCCUCACUCCCAUCUAUUCACACUCAAAUAUUAUCUCUCUCUCUUUCUCUUUCUUUCUUUCUUUCUUUCUUUCUUUCUUUCUUUUUUUAUAUCUAGCCUUCCUUUCUUCCUCUCCCUCUUUUCACUAACACACUCUCCUUCUACACCUAUACCCUUCCCCUGCUCUUCUCCUUUCUCCCUUCCUCUCUUUUGCUAUCCUUCUCCCUCCACUCCCUCUUACCAUCCUCCCUAAGUAUGCCUGUAUAAGUAUAAACACAGCAAUUGUACUUCUGUGUAUUGGUCUUUUAUGUUGAAAAUUAAAAAGGGCUGAUGUUUCUUUUUAUC